AAGCAUUUUUCAUGUGUCAAGGAGAGCCUUUUACCUCGCACACUCCCUAUAAAUAACUCAAAAAUCCAUCGUCUUCUUUCGUAACCUGGCUUUUCAUCUCUGAUAUCUCAUCUUCUUCACUGUGAUUUUGUUACAAUGGUGUUCCAUCUUCUUCAAGCUUUAGCAGUCUUGUUUCUGGUAUUUGUUGUAGGUCAUGCAGCUGUAGAUCCAGAAAUUUACUUCAAAUCCGUGUUACCCAACACUCCGAUGCCGAAAGCAAUCAAAGAUUCUCUUUCUAAUGACAUCUUCAUCAACACAAACCACAAGGAAAGCACUUCAUAUGUAUUGAGUGACCCAAACCAAGUAUUCCCCAAUUAUAAAUAUAAUUGUGAGGCAACACCUGAACAGAUUAUGGACAAGAAAACAUCUGCACUUUUCUUCUUGGAAAAUGAUCUACAUGCUGGCAAAAGAAUCAACUUGCACAUCAGUAAAGAUACAACCGCAACACCUCCAUUUGUACCUCGCGACGUUGCAGAGUCAAUGCCCAUUGCAUCAAACAAGCUGCAAGAUAUCUACAAGGAGUUCAAAGUCAAACCUGACUCGAUCGAAGCAAAACUAGUCAAGGAGACGGUCAACGAAUGUGAGAUGGCUUCCAACAAAGAUGCAGAUCAAUAUUGUGCAGCUUCUUUGGAGUCAAUGGUGGAUUUUGUUGCUUCAAAGUUAGGGAAAAGGGUUAAGGCGAUGGAAACACGAGUGGUUGGUAACGAAAGCAGAUCGUUACAAGGGUACAUGGUCGAGGAAGUUAAAAAGUUGAAUGGAGAUGAUGGUGUUGUCUGCCACCAAGAAUAUUAUGGGUACGCGGUCUAUUUUUGCCAUAAAACACCUAAAAUCAGUGCGUAUAUGGUGUCGUUGGUCGGAGAAAAUAAUGUAAGAGCUAAAGCAACAUUUCUCUGCCAUGAAGACACAUCCUCAUGGAGCCCAAAACAUUUGGCUUUCAUAGUCCUCAAUGUAAAACCAGGAACCAGUGCUGUUUGUCAUUUUCUUCUUGAAAAUGUAGUAGCUUGGGUUCCCUACUAGGUUGUAUCUUGUGUUGUCCAACUUAUAAUUAAUGGCUAAAUAAAUCCAAGUAUAUCUGGCACACAAAAAUCAAUAAUGUCAAAUAUCUUUUCCAACCAUCAUUUAUGCAAUUAUGCCUUAUGGUGCUUA